CUGUUCUCCGGGAUGGUCGCAUCCCUCCGGCACGGAAGCUGUCGUGCCUUCAUCGAGGCAGCGCGCCUUUGAACUCCGUGACGCACACACACUCUCACAGACAUCCGAGGCGUACUGUGCGCGAGAAAGGAAGUGGCUGCCAAUCAUCCGGAACCGCAGAAUCCCGCCAGUGGGUCAUCUGCUGUUCCGCGCUGCUGAAGUGUUUUUCGAACGCACGUUCGUAUCGGAAUCGUGCGUAGUGGAGUUUCCUUUGAAGUGGCCAGUGUUAGUCAACUGUGGGGGCAGGGCAGUGAAAGAGGAAGGAAGGUGGUGUAGUGUUUCCGCGGCACUAUUCUUAACUAUUUGGGGAUUUCGAUUGAAGUAGAUCCUCCACUCCCCGUGCAAGUGAUGAAGUGUUAAGUUGAAGUGUGUGUACACGCAUGGCCCUUGUGCCAUGGAUUUAAGUGUGAGAAAUUUCAUCCGGUACUAAGACGUCGGAAGAACCGUCAAUCUUCCGGGUAUCAGCGGGCUACCGAUUGCUAGAGGGACGAGUUGGUGUGUUUGUGCUUCGUUCUACUUCUUUUAUGCUGCGACCUAUGAACAGUGGCCGGUACAUUACGCAAUCAACGUAAAUUGUGCAUAUGUGCGCUUAGUUGUUGCGAGAUUAUAUUUGAAAAUCCCACUCAACAGUUGGUCUUGUUUUGUGAAAAGUGCUAGCGUCGGUUAGAAUACGAUCGGUCAACAAUUUCAACAUUUGGUUGUGAGCAGCGAAAGGCUUUCCAAAUGGAUCGUCCCAUUUAUUGGGCGAUACUAGCGAUAGCACUACUAGUCGUAACCAUAGCGCGAGGUGCAGUCCUUGAAACUAAACAUGAGCCCGAAGCUGUAGAAUCUUCCGACAUAGACAGUAGGCCCUUGGAUCGGACUAAACGGAAUGGAAAUUUGCGCGGAUCAUUUCGGGGACAAACUCAGUCGCAGUAUCUGAACUUUGGUGACAGCCAGGAUGGCAAGGCCGAGGCUGAGGCAACACAGCACAGCUCGAGAGCCGUAGUCGCCGGUACCAAUGGAAUGGGCCAAGCUCAGAGUCAAUCCCUUGGCGGGGAUUGCACUUCCUGCUACGGUUCGGUCGAUGGUGGCGGUAGCUAUGUGUAUGAUUCUAGACCCGAUCCGCUGAAAGUUCCUGACGGUCAGAGGCCAGGUGAUAAACUGCGAUUACCGGAAGCGUACGGAACGGAUGGCAACGGACGACCAGGCGGCCCCGGAGUUGGAGGUACCGAUGCCUACGGACGGCCCAUCGGUGGUCUCGGUGGUGGAAAUAUACCCGGUUACGACGCCCAUGGUCGACCGUUAGGUGGCCCAGGUACAGAUAGCGGUGCGGUGGACGCCCAUGGACGCCCAAUUGCUCAUGGAGGGUUGGAUGCAUAUGGUAGACCCAUUGGUGGCCCCGGAGGAGCUGGUGGACCAGGGGUUGAUGCACAUGGAAGACCAACCAGUGGCUCCGGAACGGGUGGACCGUUAGUCGACGCUUACGGAAGACCUAUCUCAGGAGGACAUGGUGGAAGACCAGCGGGAGGCUCAGGCACAAGCGGUGGACCUGGUGUAGAUGCACAUGGGCGACCGAUUGGAGGGUCAGGAACUGGAGGUAUCGAUGGUCAAGGGCGACCGUCUGGUGGCACCGCUGUUGACGCUUAUGGUCGUCCUAUUGGAGGGCCUGGUACUGGAACCCCUGGCAGUGGAGCCACUGGCACAGGAGUCCCGGGAGUAGAUGGACGAGGAAGACCAUCCGGAGGCCCUGGAGUUGAUGCUCAUGGUAGGCCUAUUGGAGGAACAGGUGCUGGAGGGCCAGGAACAUCCGGUAUAGGGACUGGUGGUGUGGAUGCCUAUGGACGACCUAUUGGAGGCCCAGGAACAGGAGGAGUCGAUGGUCAAGGGCGACCAUCGGGCGGCACUGGAGUUGAUGCUUAUGGACGACCUAUUGGAGGCCCAGGAACAGGAGGAGUCGAUGGUCAAGGGCGACCAUCGGGCGGCACAGGAGUUGAUGCUUACGGAAGACCAAUUGGAGGACCCGGAACUGGAGGUGGCGAUGGUCAAGGACGACCAUCUGGCGGCACAGGAGUUGAUGCUUAUGGAAGACCCAGUGGAGGCGCUGGCACAGGAGUGGGCGAUGGUCAAGGGCGACCGUCUGGUGGCACCGGUGUUGACGCUUAUGGUCGUCCUAUUGGAGGGCCUGGUACUGGAACCCCUGGCAGUGGAGCCACUGGCACAGGAGUCCCGGGAGUAGAUGGACGAGGAAAACCAUCCGGAGGCCCUGGAGUUGAUGCUCAUGGUAGGCCUAUUGGAGGAACAGGUGCUGGAGGGCCAGGAACGACCGGUACAGGUACUGGUGGUGGUGUGGAUGCUUAUGGAAGACCUAUUGGAGGUCAAGGAACAAAUGGCCAUGAUGCAAGAGGACCACCAGUUGACUCCCACGGAAGGCCGAUCGGUGGACAUGGAACAGGUGGACUGGGAAGUCCUGUUGGAACCGGCAUUGGUGGUGUAGAUGCCUACGGACGACCUUCAGGACAAGGAUCCGGAACACCGGGAGGAGCUCCAGGACAUAGUGGACUAGGAACAGGUGGCCAUGGUGUAGAUGCGCAUGGAAGACCUAUUGGAGGACCUGGUACAGGAGUUUCCGGUGUUGAUGCGCAUGGUCGGCCAAUAGGUGGACAAGGAACAGGCGGUUAUGGUCCUCAGCCACAUCUUGUUGGACCACCACUACCAGGAGGUGGUCAAGGAAUUUAUCACGGUCCACACACGGUUACUUUACCAGGUCAUGACCAUACGGUCGUCAACCCUACUGGAGGUUUAACAGUGUUGGUUGGCACUGGUCACUCCAAGCAAACGGUAAUUGGGUCCGAUAGCAGAUUGGACGGGCACGGUCCUGUAAAAAUUAUUCCUGGACCACCGGAUAGUCAUGGACCUCCGAAACAGACGGUUUAUGCCCAUCCAGGUGGGCUUACAGUACUUGUUGGAACGGGAGGUGCACAGCAAACUGUACACCAUCUCCCAACUCAUGGAGGCUACGGUGGUCCUCAGUCAGUAAUUCAUCCUGGUCAGCAAUCCGGUGCAGGAGUUGGAGUGCCAGGCGGUGUAGGACAAUACCCUGGGAGCAUCGGUGCAGGUCAGCAUCCUAGUGGCACUGGUGCAGGAGGUGGACAAUAUCCUGGAGGCGUUGGAACCGGUACCGGACAAUACCCAUCUGGAUCAGGUCCAGGAGGUGGUUACUUCCCGGGAGCAGAUGGAAGUGGUCCUGGUGCUGUAGGUGGUGGUACAGGACAAUAUCCAGUUGGCACGGGAUCUGGACAAUUUCCAAGUGGAACUGGUGCUGGGCAAUAUCCCGGCAGUACCGGAGCAGGACAGUAUCCAUCCGGCGCCGGUGGAAUAGGCGGCACAGGUCAGUACCCUGGAGGACAGUAUCCUACUGGUACAGGAGGAGCUGGUGGCGUAGGACAGUACCCAAGUGGCACAGGAGCGGGACAGUACCCAAGUGGCACAGGAGCGGGACAGUAUCCUUCUGGAACAGGUGGAACUAGCGGCACAGGACAAUACCCAGGUGGUACUGGAGCAGGACAAUAUCCUGGUGGUAUAGGAGGAACUGGUGGCGUUGGACAAUAUCCGGGUAGUACAGGAACGGGGCAGUAUCCAGGUGGCACAGGAGGAACCGGUGGCGCAGGGCAGUACCCAAGUGGUACCGGAGCAGGACAGUAUCCUUCCGGAACAGGUGGAACUGGAGGCGCUGGACAAUAUCCGGGCAGUACAGGAGUGGGACAGAUUCCUGGUGGCACAGGACACUACCCAAGCGGAACUGGAGCUGGACAAUAUCCUAGUGGCACAGGAGGAACUGGAGGCGCUGGACAAUAUCCAGGUAGUGCAGGAGCGGGACAGCAUCCUGGUGGCUUAGGUGGAACUGGUGGCACAGGGCAGUACCCAAGUGGAACUGGUGCUGGGCAAUAUCCUAGUGGCACAGGAGGAACUGGCGGCGCUGGACAAUAUCCAGGUAGUGGCCAGUAUCCCUCUGGAACAGGUGGAACUGGUAGCGCAGGACAGUAUCCAAGUGGAACUGGAGGCGCUGGACAAUAUCCUACUGGUACAGGAGGAGCCGGUGGCGUAGGACAGUACCCAAGUGGUACAGGAGCGGGACAGUAUCCUUCUGGAACAGGCGGAAUCGGAGGCAUAGGACAAUACCCAGGUAGUACAGGAGCGGGACAAUAUCCUGCUGGAACGGGUACAGGUCAUUAUCCUGGAGGCGCAACAGGACAGUACCCUGGUGGUACUGGAAUAGGCAGUGGACAGUAUCCAAGUACUACAGGUGUUGGUCAGUAUCCGGGAAGCAUUGGUCAUGGUAGCGGGCAGUUCCCUGGUGGAACUGGCACCGGAGGUCCUGGUCAGUAUCCUGGAGGCAGUGGAGUUGGUAUAGGGCAGUAUCCAGGAGGUGUAGGAACUGGACAAUAUCCCUCUGGGGUCCCAGGGGCAACCGGAACCGGAACGGGACUUUAUCCAGGCGGUACAGGCGUUGGUACAGGUCAAUAUCCCGGCGGAACCGGUUCAGGGGCAAAUCUGUACCCGGGAGGCACAGGUAGUCAAUAUCCAAGUGGUGGCACAGGCACGUCUCAAUAUCCUGGAGGUGUAGGAACAGGGCAGUACCCCGGAGCUACAGGUGGUGUCGUUACUGGAACCGGAGAUGGACAAUAUCCCGGUGGAGCAGGGCAAUACCCAUCAGGAGGAACAGGCCUGUAUCCCAGCGGUGGGGAUGGUGGUCAGCAAUAUCCGGGAGUGGUCGGUGGCUUUGGCGUUAGUGGUACAACGCUCGAUCAGUAUCCUGGUGGGCAAGGUACUGGCGGUGGUGGACUUCCUCCUCAACCGAUCCAGCUACCCGAAGAGGAAGACGAUUCCUUCUCGCAAGCCGAGUCAUCAGUUAAGGAUGGAGAGGUGAUGGCAUCCGCUCAAGGACGGAAAAAUGGCGGCACAGCUCAGACGCAGGUUUCGGGUACGUACUCAGGCGCGGGAUCGUUCAGCGCCAGUGCCCAGACAAGCGAUAGCGAUCGUGCAGCACAGGCCCAGGUGUCCGGCGGUAAGGAAGGUGCCCUAAGUACUGCUCAAGGUACGGGUGGCGUUGGGAAAUCGCAGUCCGCGGUACAGGUAGACUCAAAAACUGGAGGUACCUCGGCGACAUCACAGAGCGGUGGCUUGGGACACGAAAGCCAAUCAGAGGUGGUGGCCAACGAGAAGGGCGGAUUGGCUGAUGCUCAGUCAAGCGGUCCUGGUCAGACGUCGUCGCAAGCUCAAAUUGGAUUCCGGCCACAGGGAGAGGCAGUAGCGAAUCAGGCUAAUAUAUUCAACGGUGGUGGCCAAGCGUCGGCCCAAUCGGGAGCACACUCCGGGCAGAGUCAAUCGCAGAUAAGCGGCAACUUUAAGUUCGGCAUUGCAUAUCACGGUGCUGCCCAAGCGGCAUCAGGUACCAAGGAGCAGGUCCACAACUACCGCGAGAAGAGCAAGAAUCUUUUCCACUCGAUCGGACUGUUUGGAAAAACGACCAGCACGACGGUUCGUAAGGAAUCGGUUGACGCUAACGGUAUGACUACACGACAACAGCACAGCGCAGCACCACUUCCACCGGUGAGCUUCGUCAGCACUACUCCUGAUACCAUUACGGAAGACGAUUAUGCCGACAUGGAGGAUGAUGAGGACGAAUAUGACGAAGACUACGACACGACGGCAAGUGUUCGAUCGGGCGGCACACCAACCGAUGAUUCCAAACCUACGACGAUCGUGACCGAACCAACGACGGUGACCGUCCGAACCAAUGGGAAGGGUAGAGUGUUCACCCAGGCCGGACCAACGCAACGACAAACGGCGAUCGUGCCGCAUGGUGAAAACUUCCGCCUCGUGCAAACCCAGAACGGUCGAUCGACGGUACACGCCGUGACGACCGAACGCACCGGUGGACUGCCUACGAUCGGUACUACCACGCCACGGUACAGCACACGCUUCUUGCCGACCAAGCAGGAUACAUCGGCCGACAUCGUCGAGGGAGCACCGACCGAGCCGAGCAGCGGUCCCCGGAAGGGUGAGCAGCCUGAUAGUUACAUUUCGGUGACGAAACAAGUAACAGGUAUCGACGAGAACAGUAAAGUGCCGGCCAUACCGGGCAAAAAUUACGAGUCAACGUACUACACCAAAUCGUCCACCUGCGGGUACUUUACCUUCUCCUGCAACAUCGUGUACGGUGAGAACGGUCGAAGUAAGAUUUGUCGGCCGAAGCCACCGGCAAACGGAAAGUGUUGAGCGUUACUAUGCCCUUCAUCCGGAAAAGCUUCAUCAAUUGCGUACGGCAUAAGUGCUCUAGUGUGUAAGAUUACAACAAUCGCAUGUAAGCUACUCAAUGUUAACACUGCCACGAUGAGAAACCGGCGAUGAUUGUUCGGGAAGCUCGUAGUAGACAGGUGUGUUCUCCAUGACUACAAUUACAGAGUCUUCACGAUCCGUUACUUAAUAGCAAAUUUGAACUACGAUGCGUACAUCUACGGACCCUUCUCGUGUCCGAUUGAUCAGUGAUCACUGAAUUGCACUAACAUUAGCAGGACUUAUUGAAAAGCAAAGCCUCCUCCUCGGAAACAUCGAUACUAAGGAGAGAAAUAAAAUGUUUUACAUCACAAAACAACUAGCCUGGUUAGUGUCUAAGAUCCCGUG